GGAAUGGACAGCCGGCAGGAUGCGCUCUGCCCGGACCAAGGGCACCGCUGGCAUGACCUGCGCAGGCUGCUCCCCAGGGGCUUUUGGGACGAAGCGCGGACGCUCUUUGUUCUUUCUGGACCCCUGUUCUUGUUCCAGGCACUUAACUUCAUGACCUACAUCGUGGGCACUGUGUUCUGCGGGCACCUGGGCAAAGUGGAGCUGGCAUCUGUGACCCUGGGUGUGGCAUUUGUCAACGUCUGUGGAGUCUCUGUAGGAUUUGGCUUGUCCUCGGCCUGUGACACCCUGAUGUCCCAGAGCUUCGGCAGCCCCAACAAGAAGCACGUGGGCGUCGUCCUGCAGCGGGCCACACUCAUCCUGCUGCUCUGCUGCCUGCCCUGCUGGGCCCUCUUCCUCAACACGCAGCCCCUCCUGCUGCUCUUCAGGCAGGACCCGGCUGUGUCCAGGUUAACCCAGGAGUACGUGCUGCUCUUCAUCCCGGGCCUCCCGGUGAUUUUUCUUUACAAUCUGCUGGCGAAGUAUUUGCAAAAUCAGGGAAUCGUGUGGCCCCAAGUCCUCAGCGGUGUGGUGGGCAACUGCGUCAAUGGCGUCACCAACUAUGCGCUGGUUUCCGUGCUGGGUCUGGGGGUCAGGGGCGCCGCCUACGCCAACACCGUGUCACAGUUCGUGCAGGCCGCCUUCCUCUUCUUCCACAUCCUGCUGAAGAAGCUGCACCUGGAGACUUGGGGAGGCUGGUCCAGUCAGUGCCUGCAGGACUGGGGCCCUUUCUUCUCGCUGGGGGUGCCCAGCUUGCUUAUGAUGUGUGUGGAAUGGUGGGCCUAUGAGAUCGGCAGCUUCCUCAUGGGCCUACUCAGUGUAGUGGACCUCUCUGCCCAGGCUAUCAUCUACGAGGUGGCCACAGUGACCUACAUGAUCCCCAUGGGGCUGAGCAUGGCCGUCUGUGUCCACGUGGGGACGGCACUGGGAGCUGCGGACACCAUGCAGGCCCGGCGCUCCGCCCUCUCGGGCGUGCUCUGCACAGUUGGCAUAGCCCUGGUGGUGGGCACCCUGUUGGGCAUCCUGAAAGAUGAGCUGGGGUACAUUUUUACCAGUGAUGAAGAGGUCAUCGCCGUGGUGAACCAGGUCUUGCCGAUCUACGUCAUCUUCCACAUCAUUGAGGCUAUCUGUUGCGUGUCCGGCGGGAUCCUGCGGGGCACGGGGAGGCAGGCCUUCGGGGCCAUCGUGAACGCCAUCAUGUACUACAUCGUCGGCCUCCCCCUGGGCAUCGUGCUGGCCUUCGUGCAGGGCAUGAGGAUCAUGGGCCUCUGGCUGGGCAUGCUGACCUGUGCCUGCCUGGCAGCCGCCGCCUUCAUUGUCUACACUGUCCGGCUGGACUGGAAGCUGGCGGCAGAGGAGGCGCAGAAGCACACUGGGCUGCAGCAGCAGGGAGCAGAGGGCGCAGCCCCCCGCCCAGGGCCUGACAGGGCAGCUGUCUCUUCAGUGGCCACGGGCAGCAACCCCGGCAUCACCUUGACGAAGUACUCCCGGCCCGAGUGUCCCACAUUCUCCCCGAACUCACAGGCAGCCCACGUGGCACCUGCACCUGCCAGUCCCCUGUCCCUGAGACAAGUGGUCAUCCGGCGUGGGGCCACCCUGGGGGCGGCGUCAGCCCUGCUGGGGGUGGGGCUUCUGGUCAGGGCACUGACCACCCCCAGCUAUUAACCAGCAUGCGAGGCCGCACCCUGGCAGCAGGAGUGGGCAGACAGGUACACAGCCUGGGGCAGGGGGAUCCCGGCACCACCUACGCCUCAAAGCCAGGCAUGUCCCUGGGCUUCCUGGUACCUCUGGAGGGAUCUGAACUGGCAGACUGACCACCGUGCUGUGCCCAAGCGGGUCAUUUCUUCUCUGACCUGGGGCGCUCCUCCAAUGCCAGCCAGAGGAAUGAGACUCCUGGGACUGCCAUGUGUAUCCAGGACGUAAAUGGACCAAGAGGGAAAUUACAAAAUGAAAACCAGAGCCACCGUGACAUUAAAAAGCACUGAUUUCUCAGCUGCGGCCUGUGGCCCACAUCUAUUCGUGAAUUUUCUGUGAGACUCCUGAGGAGGGGCCCCGGCCCUGUCCAGGCAACCCCUGUGGGCGCAGGUGCA